AGAGCGCUGUUCUGUUUUCUCUGCUACUUUAAGAGAGAAAGAAGCAUGAUCGUUUUUCAGCUUUGCACUGCGCUCGUUUUAAAUAGAAUUCGGUGCAUUUUUGACGAUCUGUAUUUGACCUGGUCUCGCGGCGAUGACGUCACCGCUCAUUCAGUCGCGUCGAGUCUUCUGAGGAGAGGCGAGCAGCUCACGGUAUUUCUCAUAUUUACACAAAUAUCAGACACUUUUCUGGGGUUUCAGCAACACACACAGGCUCGUCAGUGUAUCGAGUUCAUUGGGUUGAGUGUUUGAUGAAUUAAACACUCAGAACAGCAGACAACAACUACAUCUUCUGCUUCCACACACAAAUUCAUCUUCAAUGAAGCUCCUCCCACUCUGGGAUCAUCUGUAAAGCUCCUCCCACUCUGGAAUUCAUCAUCAGUGAAGCUCCUCCCACAUCAACCACACCGCCAAUAAAUGCUGGAAGACCAACAUCAGAACAUCAUGAAAGAGCUGAAAUCUGAGUUUAUUAAAGAGGAAAGUGAGAACAUUAGUGAUCUAGAACACUGCAGAAUCAAACACACUGAAGAAGAACUGAGAGACCCUAAAGAAGAGAAUGAAGUGGAGAAACAUCAUGUCAAACCUGAAGAAAAACCUCUGAGUCACUCGAAUCCUAAAGUUACUUUUUUAAAGGAAACAAGAGCUGAGGAAUCUUCCACCUGCACUCAGUGUGGAGAGAGUUUAAAAAACGGACAAAGUCUUGAGAAUCACAUGAGAGCUCACACUAAAGAGAAGCCACAUUUGCAAAGUUUAAAGUCUCAUAAAAAAACACAUACUGGUGUAAAAUAUCAUGUGUGCUUUGAGUGUGGGAAGUCAUUUACUUGGGCAACACAUUUAAAACAGCACCAGAGGUUCCACACUGGAGAAAAACCUUAUAAGUGUUCACACUGUGAUAAGAGAUUCAGUUGGAUAGCACAUCUGAAAACACAUGAGCAGAUCCACAGCAGAGAGAAAACACACACAUGUGAUUUGUGCGGCAAGAGCUUCACUAGCAAAAAACGUGUUAGAGUCCAUAUGAAGAUCCACACUGGAGAAAAGCCAUACACAUGUGAUCAAUGUGGAAAGAGUUUCACUCAAUCAUCAAACCUAAAAGGACACAUGAGGAUCCACACUGGAGAAAAACCAUACACUUGUGAUCAAUGUGGAAACAGUUUCUCAUUAAAAAAUUGUCUUGAUGUUCACAUGAGAAUCCACAGAGGAGAAAAACCACAUGCUUGUGACCAAUGCGGCAAAAAAUUUCUUAGGUUGGCUGCUCUGAAGAAACACCUGACAGUUCAUACAAAGGAAAGGCCACAUUUGUGUUCUUUAUGUGGUAAGAGUUUUUCACUGCUGCAAAGUUUAAAAUCACAUCAGAAAUUACACAACACUGUGAGAGAUCAUGUGUGCUUCAAGUGUGGGAAGACUUUUACUUUGGUAAACCAUUUAAAACAGCACCUGAUGAUUCACACUGGAGAGAAACCUCACAAGUGUUCACACUGUGACAAGAGAUUUGCUCAGUCAGCAAAUCUGAAAAGACAUGAGCAGAUCCACACUGGAGAAAAACCUCACAUGUGUGAUCAGUGCGGAAAGAGUUUCUCAGUGAAAAGCAAUCUUGAUGUUCACAUGAGAAUCCACACUGGAGAAAAGCCGUAUGCAUGUGACCGAUGUGACAAAACAUUUCUUGUGUCAAGAGCCCUGAAGAAACACCUGGCAGUUCAUACGGGGGAGAAGCCAUAUUCAUGUUCCUUAUGUGGAAAAUGUUUUUCACUGCUGCAAAGUUUAAAAUCACAUCAGAAAACACAUGCUGGUGUGAGAGCACAUGUGUGCUUUGAGUGUGGAAAGACUUUUACUUUAGCAAGCUAUUUAAAACUGCACCAGAGGAUCCACACUGGAGAGAAACCUUACAAGUGUUCACACUGUGAUAAGAGAUUCAUUCAGUCAUCAAACCUGAAAACACACGAGAAGGUCCACACUGGAGAGAAACCUCACAAGUGUGAUAAGUGCGGAAAGAGCUUCUCUUUUAAAAGUCGUCUAAAGCUACACAUGAAGAUCCAUACAGUACAGACACUGAGCAAUAAAGUCACUUCUGUGUAAGACAGUUUCCUAACAGCCACAAUUAGUGACAGAACAUUUUGUUGGUUAUUUGGAAAGUAUGUUAUUAUUAUGAGCUACUAAGUCAUUAUUAUUAUUAUUAGAAAGUUUCUCUUUCUAAUGACUCGCAUCAAAUCUACGAAUGGUUUUAACAGGUGUUAUUCAAUGAUUAAAGCUUCUGUUAAUGCACAACACUUAUGCAGGUAUAAGGUUAGGCUCAGGUUUGGUGUAUGUGUGAUUAUAAGCUUGGAUAUGGGGUCAACAAGUGUACAGGGGUCAAUUUGAAUACCAUAAGGGAACACGAUUUAAUUUGUUUAUAUUGCAUUGCUUUGAUAAAAGAAGUAUUUUAACCUCUUGAUGUUUCUCAAGGAAUAUUCUGUUUAAUGAUACACAAUGCUAUACUAAUGUGUGGAGAAGAUAAACUCAUGUUUUGCACCCAAA